UCAGAGUGGAACAUGACUCAGAGCGUCACAGGCGGAAGGUCACCGAGCGGAGGAGCGGAGCGGAAGCGGGACUCGGGGAAAAAAAGCCAGUCCGCCAUUGUGGAAGAUGGCAGGGGGGAUAUUCCCGUAAAACGCUAGUCACUCUCCCUUUGACUCACUCCCGCACCCCUCACAGCUUCACUCCGACAUCCACCUCGUUCGGAGGCGAAUUUAUUUGUCGUUACAAGGCGACGUCUUCGUCGUCGUGUGCACCCGCGGGGCUCCGCCGCCACCGCCGCGGAGGGAUCGGACAGCCGGAGAACCGAGGCAGGGAGGCGGGAGGGAGGGAGAGAGAGAGAGCGGCGGAGGAGGAGUGCACACAGGCGGACGGACAGUGUGCUGAGCAGCCAUCGGCCCCGCUUCCUGGAGGAUGUCUGCGACCACAGUGGACCACCAGCAGAGACCUAAAGGACAAGGAAAUAAAGUGCAAAACGGAUCAAUGCACCAAAAGGACGGAGUGAACGAUGAUGACUUUGAGCCUUACAUAAGCAGCCAGACAAAUCAGGGUAACAGCUACCCACCCAUGUCUGAUCCCUACAUGCCCAGCUACUAUGCGCCGUCUAUUGGAUUCCCGUACUCUCUGGGAGAGGCCGCCUGGUCCACAGCAGGAGACCCCCCUAUGCCCUAUCUGACUACCUACGGACAGAUGAGCAAUGGCGAGCCACACUUCAUCCCCGAAGGCGUGUUCAGCCAGCCGGGCGCCCUGGGAAACACGCCUCCCUUUCUGGGCCAACACGGUUUCAACUUCUUUCCGGGCAACGCGGACUUUUCCACCUGGGGUACCAGCGUGUCCCAGGGUCAGUCCACUCAGACCUCCGUCUACAGUAACAGCUACGGCUACGCGCCCAGCUCGCUGGGACGGGCCAUCGCCGACGGGCAGGCCGGCUUCGGAAGCGACACGCAGCUCAGUAAGAUGCCUGUGUUGAACAGCAUUGAGCAGAGCAUGGCGGGGCUCAAACUGGGUACGGACAUGGUUGCGGCUGUCACUAAAACCGUUGGUUCCCCCUUAGGGGGCACCGCGGGUAUGAGCAGCAUGGCGGCCAAUAACCUUCCGCCUUCGAUGAGUUCGUCUGCAGGUAAGCCCGCCUCUUGGGCGGCCAUCGCCAAGAAGCCGGCCAAGCCGCAACUAAAGGCUAAGCCCAAAGCCAACAUGGGGAUAAUGGGCGCCGCCAUUCCUCCGCCGCCUAUAAAGCACAACAUGAACAUUGGUACUUGGGACGAUAAGGGCCCCCUGAACAAACCGCCAUUAGCUCAGACGAUGAUGUCGGCGCCGCCACUGGUGCAGCAGCCUCUUCUCGCCCAGCCCCCGGCCUUACUGCAAAGCCCUUUGCCCCAUCAACCUCAGCACCAGCACCAACCCUUUCACUUGCAAUCGCUCCAGUCCCCGCAGCACCCUCAGUCCCUCCCUCCCGGCCCUCUGCACCUCUCCUCCCACCCCGGUCCGCCUCAAGCCCUCCAUCAGCAUCAACCCCAGCAGCCCGGCCCGCCGCCCAGCCGCUGGGUGGCUCCUAGGAACCGAGGGGACGGGUUCGGCAUGGGCGUCGGCAUCCCGAUGAACGCCUCGCUGUGUUCUGGCGAAGUGCACCCCGUGCUGGAGAAGCUGCGCGCCCUCAACAACUACAACCCCAAAGAGUUUGACUGGAACUUGAAAAACGGACGCGUUUUCAUCAUUAAGAGCUAUUCGGAAGACGACAUCCACCGCUCCAUCAAGUACUCCAUCUGGUGCAGUACAGAACAUGGCAACAAACGUCUGGACGGGGCCUACCGCUCACUGGGCGGCAAAGGUCCCUUGUACCUACUGUUCAGCGUCAACGGCAGCGGGCACUUCUGUGGCGUGGCCGAGAUGCGCUCGUCGGUGGACUACAACGCCUAUGCCGGCGUCUGGUCUCAGGACAAGUGGAAGGGCAAAUUCGAGGUGAAGUGGGCCUUCAUCAAGGACGUGCCCAACAACCAGCUGCGACACAUCCGGCUGGAGAACAAUGACAACAAGCCGGUGACCAACUCCAGGGACACUCAGGAGGUUCCCCUGGAGAAGGCCAAGCAAGUGCUUAAAAUUAUCGCCACUUACAAGCAUACCACCUCAAUCUUUGAUGACUUUGCACAUUACGAGAAACGCCAAGAGGAAGAGGAGGCUUUAAGGAAGGAACGCAGUAGAAAUAAACAGUAACCUUCAAGCAAGCAAGACGUUCGACACUAAUGAUGUAGGACAUUACAAACGACAAAAGUUGCUUAACCACAAGGAGGACGACGAGCGUAUCAUCGCAACACUUGACGUGUGUAUUUCAAUUUCAAAGUCACUUGCUUUGAAAGCACUUUCAUCCCCUCAUUGUUUUAACUUUGUUUGCAACUAACGGACUAAUCAGCGUAGUCGCCAUGUUGUGUUUCUUUUUUUUAUUUGUAAUCGUUUUAGCCUCUUGUUUGGAAUCAGUAUUCAGGUGAAAUAAUCGGGGAAUCACAAUCACGCCAAUCAGAGGAUGUAUUAACCCGCAUACCAAAAGAAUGCGACGAUGGGCUCAUAUUUGUUUUUUCUUUCUUGUGAUUCUUAAGUGCUUUUUGUCUGAGGAGAAUGUGGCCGACUCACUAGCGACAAUAAAAAAUGAGCCGUGUUUAGCGAAAAAAACAACAACUUGUGUUUGUCUUCAUUUGGGCUAAGUUGAAUGAAAUGACUACCAGAUGACAACGGAGCGUUCUAAAAAAAGACACCUUUAUUACUGCAACUCUGAUUUAGUGGCAAUUAGUUUUGUUUAGUCAAAUUGAAAGCUACUGUAGAUGGCGAGAGACAGCUGCUGUCAUUAUCUGCCUCUGCUACUUAAGAUUUAAGAGGCAUAUUUUUAAUUAGUGGAUUUGAAAUGUAUUAUAAUGACAAUAAACAGAUCU